ACUUGUGGGGCGCUUUGUUUGGGUUUAUUUCAAAUAAAUUCUGUACUAUUUACGUCAUGCUCUGUAAUGGAAAAGAAAACUUCAAUGAAAUUACUUACCUCAGGAGCUGGUUUGCGUUUUUAUGUGCUGAGGAAACUUAUUUUCUUUUGUAAUAUCUCAUAAUGAGGGUACGGGGACCUAAAUUAUCACCUGAUAUGAAUUUUGCGAAAAAGAACCCUAUUCCGAAUGUCACAGGGAGCCAUCAGAUGACUUGGAAGGAGUUGGCUGAAGCUGAUGAUCUUGCUUCCGCUCUCACCGUUGACCCUUAUCUUGGAUUCACUACCCAUAAAAUGACUGACAUGAAGCUAAGGAUUCCAGAUAGAAUUAAAAGGAAGUUUCGUGAUAUUAUAUGCAACUUUCAGAAGCAUAAAUGUUAUGAUGCUGCCUAUAAUCAGUUGAUAGCCGAUCCAAAUAUUGUAAAACGUCCUUGGAGUGUUGAUCCUCGGUUCAAAGAGCAUGUCAAUCGUUAUCUUUUAUUGUUUGAUGAUCGUUCUGGCAUCGAAAUUCGACCAUGUUGGCGCUAUGCAUCGGAAAACCAUAUGGGUGCUGCAAUUUUCGCAACCAGAGAUUGGGCCAAAGGAUCACGUAUCAGUACCUUGGUGGGAUGUAUUGCUGAACUUAAACAUCACGAAGAAGCUGCAUUUCUGAAGCAUCACAAAAAUGAUUUUUCGGUUAUGUAUUCUUCUAGGAAAAAUUGCUCUCAGUUGUGGUUGGGUCCCGCUGCCUACGUUAAUCAUGAUUGUCAUCCAAAUUGUGAGUUCACAAUUAACUGUGAUGUUGACGCUCGUAUGAGUUUGGAAGCAAAAACGGAUAUAAAAUGUGGUGAUGAAAUUUUUAUCUAUUAUGGUACUCACUUUUUUGAUACAAAUAAUAGAGCUUGUGAGUGUUUUACCUGCGAGUUAUUGGGGCGCGGUUAUUUUAGUAAAUUUACACAAACGAUUGACAGUUCCACUGUUUCCAAUCAAAAACUGAUUCCAAAUAUUGUGAAUGGUCAAGAAAACUAUACCAGAAAUAUAGCGUCGUAUCACAAUGCCCGUUACAAUCCUAAUGUUCGUAGUCAUGUUCUUCUUGAUAAGAUGAACUUAUUACCAGAUAAUACUCUGUCUGCAUGUAAUGAUGCACAAAAUGCUAAGCAAUUAUCUUUGGAUUUUUUCCUAGAAAAGGGAUCUUCCACUGGUUUAGCUUGUAAAGCAUUACCUAAUGCCUACGCCUUACGCCAUACUGGAUCUCGUCUAAACCGCGUUAAAGCUCGAUUAUUUGCUGCAAAAGUAGCUUCUAUAAACAGAUCCUUUGGUGUGAACAGUCAAGAAAACAGAAAGCCAAAAAUCAAAUCUUCUUACGAGAAGUGCAAAUUAAGAAUGACAAUUUCAAAUAUCAUUCCCUCUUUAAAAAGAAACAAGUCAAAAUCAAAUCCCCACGCCAUUGGUAAAAAAAAACUAAUAAAAUCUGUCGCUGCCGUAAAAAGCCGACAAAUAUUGUCUGACGCUCAAGCAAAGGACAAUUUUACUUCGAGAAGAAAUAUCGGUAACCUGUCUGAUCACAGUAUAGUUUGUGAUGGUAUAUCAUGGCAAGAAUCCGAUGGGACAAGUAGUGGAUUAGGGCGGAGUGUUAACAAUGACAGUAGUGGCUCCAAUAGUCCAUUACCACCAGAUUUGGAUCGGAUGUCAUCGACUUCACCAAACAAUUCAUUCAGCGAAACGAUUGUUGUUACACCUGAUCUUAAAUCAUCUUACUAUCUUGAAUCACUAGUUCAAAAGUGCACUGACAAUCGGAAUAUGAAACGAAAAUCAUGUAGUAUUAGUGCUGAGUCUUCUAUACCAAUCAUCAGUCCAUUACGAAUUACAGCUGAAAAUGAACUAACAAAGAAUGUGGAACCUAUUUUGGGACGACUUAUGCAUGAAACAAAGUGUAGUAGUGAUUUAAAAAACCCAUUAACUACUAAUUAUAUAUUUAAUCAAUCUACUACUUCUGAACACAGUCGAAGACGUUUAACAAAUUAUGAUGCUCGUUUGAUAGCCGAGGCCAGUUUGCUCACUCCGAUAUCCAAACAAAGGCAACGUAAACCGCCAAGUUAUCCAGAUUCUGUAGAGUAUGUUUCAUUUAAAAAUACGGUGAGAUCUAAAACAAGGUCAAUAAAGUGUGGAAAUAAGGAUGAACUUUUGAAUGACAAGUCACAAAAUAACAACGGCCAUGAUGUUGAAGAUGCAAAUGAUGAUUCUAAAAGUUUUUAUACUAAGUACAACCCACAAUUAGGGUUAUCUUUUGUGGGGAAUAAAUAUGUUGCGGCUUCAGGAACACAGUAUUAUGCUAUGCCGGACCAAUGUACGGAUAUUGAGUCUUUUUCUGAGGAGCUGAUACCCCCAUUACUAACCAGUCCUUCGAAACUUCAUACAACGUCAUCAUUUACUUUGUCAGAUAGUUCUCAUGAUGUGGGUCCUCCCUCCAUAUAUUCCACAGCUGAAGCAGAUGAUAGAAGUGAACUCAUUUCGAUUGAUUCUGAACUCACUGAACCCAAUUUAGAUACUGAUUCCUCAUGUGAUUAUCAUAUUUCUAACACACCCAUAAUACCUUUCGGUCUUUAUAAUAAGUCUAUUACAAAUGACAAAAAAAGUUCUUUAAUGUCAGCUGAACAUAUUCUUAUAGAUCAUGAUUACUCUUUGCCAGCAUAUGAUGCUGAAUGCACUCUAGUUUCCGAUCCAAUACUUAACACUAAAAUAAACAACCAAGACCACCGGCAGAUAUCCGAGAAAAAUUCACUUCAAAACUAUAAUAUUAAUAAUAAUAAUGAUAAAAACUUUAAUGCAUAUUUACCAGAAGUCGUCCGUACACCUCCACCUCCACUUCUGCAACCAGAAACUCAAUCUAGUAUUUUCGAAUUGUAUGCUCGUGAUUCACCACGUAAAAUUAAAAAUGAUUUUCUCCCAAAUUCAUCUCAUAUCCCCUCAGUUUCCUACGCUCAUAAUUCAUGGCAGUCUCGAACUUCAGAUACAAAGGACAUUUGGCACCCUGAUCUUCUGUUCUCUGACUCUUCUUCACCAGAUUCUCGCCGUCUAACGGUUACUCUUAAACGCGUUGGACCUAAGCAUUAUCAAAUAUCUCAACCAAAGAGUAUUGGAGCAAUAUAUAUCAAUUGACAUUAAAAUUAAAACACGAAGUUCAGCGAAAGGAUCUCUUUCCAACGAAUUUGUUAUCAAGCUAUACAAUCGCAUAAAUAUGAAAAUUUUUUUGUAUUUGUAAAAGUAUAUAUCAGUAUGGAACGUAGUUUCACAUCGAGUAAACAUUAAUUUGACCACAUUGGGAUUAGACAUAAAACUUUCCAGUGUGACAUUUCAUACUCCAUCCUUUAUAUGAAUUGAAGAUAUGUGUAUUUCAUGGAUAAUUUCUAAUACUGUUGGUCUACUCGGAGCUAGUGGCAACAUAAAGCUUAUUUUUGGACGGUGUAUUAAUCACUUUCGAAACAAAGAUUUUGAUAAGUUUUAUGUGUUGUAUUGGUUUCCAGAUUAUACAUUGUUUUCUACAGAAAUUUUGAAGUAGUGUUUACUUUAUUAUGUAUUAUCAUAAAGUCAUGGCUAGUUAUGUGGAAUUAGAAACCAUCAAUCCAUACUUAUUUCUUCAAAAUACUUCCUGGUAGUAUCGGAUAAACCUUUAUUUUGAAUAUCAUUUGAAAAAUUUUCAAGUGAAACUUCCAAUUUAACGCUGCACUUCAUAACUAAAAUUUCGUGUAACUUCUUCAACUACUUAUUUAUGGUUUAUAGCAGCACUAUUCUCCCGAAACAAAAUUAAGAUGUCUAUGAAGCUAGAUGCUAGAUUCAUACAUUGGAAACUACUUAAUUUGAAAAUUAUUCGGUUAGUGUAACAAUUCAGUUACAUUUAGAUAUUGUAUUAUUCCCAAUCAGGUUAUUUAUUGCUGUAUAUUUGCGAGACGUUUAUCUUAAUGGGGAGAUCCAUAUUUUAACGAAUAAAUGCUAGGCUGUAAUGAACUGAGGAAAAUCCCUACUAUAAAUGAGUUAAUUAUAUAUGUAUAUUCAUGGAACUAAACAGGGAGUAACGGCAAUAAAUUCAUCAUGGGGUUGUGGAGAUUUCUGAAUUUCAUUUAAAUCAUGAACCCAUUUAAGUUGAACCACCAUUGAAAACCUGAAAGUAUUGAACGGCCAUCUCGUUCCAGUAUGGAACUCAUCAUCAUCGCACGUCAGCGUCUCCGCACACACAAAUUGAAACAAGAGUUCUUGUGAGGAACCGUGACCGGUAAAUCUAAUUUUUGUCAGGUGUUAGGCCUACUGAAGACAAUCGAAGAUAGUCGCUCAGUGUCGUGGACUAAUUGAGGUUUAGUGUUGAAAACGUUGGAUGCCGGCCCAACGGUCCAUAGGUUAAGGGUUCGUGUGCGAGAUCGAAGGUCUUGGGCUCGUGGAUGCACCCUUCUGAGGAGUUCAUGAGUUUAAUGAAAUUCUCCACAACCUUAUACUGAGAAUUUUAAUGAUGUAUUCUACGCUUUCGGGUUUACAAUAUUCUGUAUUAUUGCACAAGAUAAUGAAUUUAUUUAAACCUCAUAGAUAUACUAAUUAUUAAACUUGGUUUUAUGAUUCCAAUUUAUGUAUGAGUUGCCAAUUUAUCUAAAUGUUUGCUGCAUACCUAAUUUACUUAGUUCAUCCACUAUUCUGUUUUAAAAAUACUCAACAUGGCAGUACGCUUCUUACGAUCGUUCACAAAUCAUUGAUCACUGGGUAGUGAUCAAUAUCAUGAAUGUCAUGUCCUUUUUUAGUGCUGACCAAAUUCUAUCGAUCAACCUGCCAUGUGGCCACUAGAUUAAGUUGCUCGGUAUCUCGUGGAUUAUGUUGAUAUGUAGUUAAAUAAAUACUAAUUUUAAGCAUGAGAAAAUAUGAUAAUAAUUAAUGAGAUGAAAUAAGUAGAAUACGACCAAUAUACUUCUCACUAAAAUCUAUAGUAAGAAAUGCAUCAGCACUAUUUUGCAGUGCCUAAUGUGAAACAUAUACAAGUUUCGUGUUUGAAAUAAUCUGAAUCUUAAAUGAGAAGACAAGGACUUAGAUUGAACGCUAAUUGGGAUUUUUAGAAUAGCGAGGUUAGUUUUGAUUGUAGCUAGACAGGAAAAUCAUUUUUUCGAAAUUAGAUAUGAAUGAAAAACAAUUUUUAUGAAGAUAGCCGUUUAUGGAGAUUGUUCAUUUUGGCUUCGGCUGGAGAAUGAUUCAAAAUGAAUGAGUUCUAGACACUGUUUCAUGCCAUUUCGUGACUUUUGUCUUAUACACUUAAAACCCUGUAUGAACGGGACCUACUACACUUACAUUACGAAGCUAACGUAAUAACUUUGUGAUAAUAUGUUAGAAUCGAAUGAUUCUCAUUCUCCAACUUCAGCCAGUUCGUGAAACUGAGUGACUUUCUUGUAGGUAUAAUCUGUCCCACCGCCGACGUGGUUUGUGUUGAUACGGAAUCUCAAUGAUCUUUAGUCUUUCUCUCUGACGACUUUUCGUAAUUAAAACUGAAUUUGAAAUUCAUCUUGUUACUUUUAUCAUUGUUUAGUUUGCCUUCGAUGACAUGAUUAUUAAUGUAAUUUACAAGUCUAACUAAACUUUUUAAUAUUGGAUGGUUGGAAGUUAUAAAUAAAAAGGAGGAAGGACCACUACCUGACAUCAUUUCAUAAAAUUAUGGACUAUUGAAUUGAACCAUAUCAGAUACAAAUUUUUUGGUUGAGUUUAGUGAAACAAAUGUGUAUUAUUAUUCAAAACCUUAGUUGACAUGAUUCAAUACUGAUUUUUGUGUCACGGAUGUAUUCGAUCUUCAUCCCCUUUCUAAAUUUUAAGUUUUAUUAUUAUUUCAUGCUCAAAUUUAAUUUGUUCUUUAUUAACUAACUUUUCUGUUUGGUUUUAACAACCAAUUUUGUUGUUUCAACCCUGUUACUAUUCGAUGUUAAUAUCGUCUAACUGAGCAAAUGCGGUCAAUAUACAUCUACACUUGUCUCUACUUUGCAUAUGACUUUGUUACAAAGUCUUAACUGGUGUUAACUGCUCAUAAGUGUUCACCAGCAAAGCGUUUCCUAUUAAAGAAUCUAGCAUUCAUCAUCUAACUCCAGAGCAACAGAUUUUGUUGGAUCCACUAGGCACAGCUCUUUGGUUCUAGUUUGAAAUUCAUUAGCAGUACCGGCUCAUGAUAUUACACUGCGUUUAAUCAGGUAUUUCAACCUAUUUUAGGGAUACUUUCGGACCACUGAGUUUGAAUUCAGUAGUCACCAUUUCCACUUUGAAUUAAUUCAGGAUUUUAUAUGACGAUCAUCUAGUGAUGUCCGGUAUAACGUCUACUUUCGACAUGAUAAAACUCUGUUGGUCCUGGCUUCUCGAAGGUUGUUAGCGCAUAGCACAAAACUAUCAUUUAAAUAAGUUCAUUGUGGAAGUCUGUUCAGUCUAAAAAUAGUCAUGAUUUGUACUAUAAUUAAGAUAUGUUAAAGUAUUUUAAGAAAUUUACCAUCAACCAUGUUCUCCUUAGCUUUCUUCCUAAAAAUUAGAGGAACUUCUAUAACUAAAAGAAUUCUUCAUGGUUGUAUUUUCCAUAAGCUAACUGUUUCUUUCAUUAUUCACUACUCUCGUUCCAUUAUUUUUAUUCACUUAUUUGUUUUUGAGUAUACUCACUUUCCUUCAUCUGUCUAUUCACUCUUUCAUUUUCUUAUCUGUGUCGCGCAUAUCUAUUUGGGUGCCUAUUUGUGCCAAUAGUUAUGUUCAAAUAAAUAAUCAGUAAAUCUUUCCAGUGGUCUAAACAAUAAUUAUUUAUAAAAUUUAAAGUGUUUCCAGAAAGCAAUAUAUACUGCCUAAUAACUAGUAUUAAAUGAUGCGUUUUUAAACUCUGAGAGGAAACACUUUGAGUUACUAAAAGAAUUCCAUUCAGUAACAAGAUAUUACUAAUUACCUCAGUAUUUUCUUAGUAUAAUACAGAAGUGAAAAAGUACGACACAUAACCUACCUGGAUCAAGGUUUUAAAGUGAUUGGCAGUCAUCGGCAAAAUUUAGUCACCACAGAACUAGUUAUCCACACGAAGUCUCAUUAUGAUUGCAUAUAGACUGCUUAUCAUUACAUUUUUAAGACCAAACCUACUUAAUUUACAAUUGAACCUAAUAAAAAUUAGAUCAAUAAAACUGUAGUUGGUUGACUGGAAUUAUUACCAAUAUGUAAGAUGUAGAGUAGGACACAGUGUAGGCAUUCGAAUAAUUCGACAGUACAUAAUGUUCCGGCUUGAAAAAUUUCAAAUGUUAACUAAUGCUUAUUUUGAUGGUGAUAUCAGUGAAAAUUCCUGACAGAUAACUUAAAUCCUCCAUUAAUUAAUAAAGAUUAGUCAAACAAAUUAGUAAGCCACGAAGACUACGUUCUUUCAAGUGAUCAUCAAAAAAGUCUUGUUUAUUUUACCCAAACAAGUGAUGCAUAAAAUCGAUCUUCAUAUUCAAACAAUAUUAGAAUGUUAGUUCCGCUUUGUAAGUUAUAAUAAUAAAAGGUAGAAUUGAAGUAAAAUCUUAUAGUAUUCAAGAUCAAUUUUGAAGUGAUGACCUCGGAAUAAGUAUCUCUUUUUCCAUUUUGCAGAAUAAUAAAUAGGUCAAUUUGUUUAUUGAUUUCGAUGUCCUUAUAUUUUUUAAUUUCAGGUUAGACCAACAGAUUAUUGAUU